AUGGUGGUCGUCGUUGAUGGUGGUCGUGGUUGUAGUGAAGACGAGCGGAUGCAACAUCUAGUGGACAAGUUGUUACCUUACUUCGAGUGUCAGGAGGCGCGGAUGAAGAAACGGUUAUUAUGUUUCCUGGGAUUGGACGCGGCGGAGAAGUCUGUGGCAUUGUACCAAAAGGGCGGAGGCCCGGUGACGUGUGAGAUGGAGGCCUUGAGCAAGGCGACGACGAGUCAGGUGAUGGGCGCUUUGAAGGCGAGUUCGUCUGCGGUGAUGUUGCACCUCAUGCCUGACAGCGCGUGUCCAGGUGCGCAGCGGUUAAAGUGUCCGCACAUGGUUGUGUCCGUUAGAGGUGCAAAGUUUCGCCGUUGA